CUAAAAAGCUAGGUAGCGUGCGUGUGAGUAGUGUGUCGCUUGUGCACUACAGAUGGCAUGCAAGUCACAACAUGCUUUACGCAUUCCAUGUAUCCUGCACCCUGCAGCAGACAGAUUUACGUAAGCAAGCAACGAAAAAGAAAUAAAGAGUGACUAGACAAUAGUGAACGACAGUGAACGCUCCAGCAAUGUCUUGGAUUGUCUCACUGGCAGUUAGACAAGUCAGCUGUGAACCGUCAUGUGACUGCCCAUUAUCACGUGACAAGCUUAAAUAAUUUAGAAUUUACGUGCUUGAAGAAUACAAGAAUUACUUCCUUUUUAGUGAUUCAGUUACACCGCUCUGCAUGCUGAGGGCAGCGAAGAGCCAAUUCUCUUUUACUUUGAAACCAACCUGCGCACUGGUGUCAUUUAUGGUCACUGACUAUGGCUUUGUCCCGGUUCGAGAGGUUCUUGGGCCGCCUGCUCAAAGCUGUGGUGUGGAUGCUGUUCGCCGCUUUCAAGUUAUUUGCACCCCAGCCACGGCAUGCAGGGGCUUCCCGACUCCCUCCUAUCAGUAACCCACACCUGCUGCUCUCAGCGAUGCAGCUUGCCCGAAAGAUUCGUCGGAAAGAAGUAACUAGUGUUGAAGUGGUCCAGGCCUAUAUUGAUCGCAUUCAGGAAGUCAACCCACUUAUCAAUGCCAUGGUCAAGGACAGGUUUUCCGCAGCACUUCAGGAGGCUGCACAGGUGGAUAAACUAAUAAAGGAGGAGACGGGAGGAGAGGACGUGUUGGAGGACAGACUACCUCUGCUUGGAGUGCCCAUCACUGUUAAAGAGGCAUUUGCCCUGCAGGGCAUGCCAAACUCGACAGGGUUAUUGACCAGAAGGGAUCUAGUUUCAGGGGUUGAUGCUCCAUCUGUAGCUCUGUUGAAGAGGGCGGGAGCGAUUCCACUGGGUGUGACUAACUGUAGUGAGCUCUGCAUGUGGCUCGAGUCUCACAACCACCUCUAUGGCAUCACUAACAACCCCUAUGACCUAGACAGAAUUGCCGGUGGCAGCUCAGGAGGUGAGGGCAGUAUAUUGGGUGCUGGUGCCUCUGUGAUUGGAAUUGGGUCAGAUAUUGGGGGUAGUAUCCGCAUUCCCUGCUUUUUCAAUGGCAUCUUUGGACACAAGCCAUCAGUAGGUAUCGUAAGUAAUGAUGGGCAGUACCCUCCAGCCUCUGGACAGCAGAUGGGAUUUCUAUGCACAGGGCCCAUGUGCCGUUAUGCUGAAGACCUGAUUCCCAUGCUAAGCAUCAUGGGAGGACCUAGUACACAUAAAUUGUCUCUCUCUGCUGAAGUAGAUUUGAAAAAGCUGAGGUUCUUUUCUGUUCCCCACAAUGGAGGCUCUCCUUUGGUCUCCCCAGUGGAUGCACAACUGCUCCAGGCACAGAGGAUGGUGGUUAAACGUUUAGAGGCAGACCUUGGUGUCAAAGUUCAAGAGCUGAUCAUCCCUCAGCUCAAAUACUCCUUUCAGAUCUGGGGAACUAUGAUGUCUUUACCUGGCAAAGAUGGAAAGCUUCCCACCGCCUUUGCUGAGCUAAUGAGCGAAGGUGGAAAGAAAGUGUGGCCAACCUGGGAGCUGUUGAAGUGGUUUCUAGGGUUCUCUUCUCACACCAUAGCAGCAAUAGGUCUGGCUCUAGUUGAGCUAUUCCAGAGUUCCCAUCCAUCCCCAUUCAUUGUUCAGCAGAAGGACAGUCUGCAACAGGAAUUGGAGAAGUUAUUGGGCACAGACGGAGUACUGCUGUACCCUUCUCAUCCCCAAAUUGCUCCCAAACACCACCACCCAAUCUUCACACCUUUCAACUUCUCUUACACUGGUAUCUUUAAUAUCUUGGGUCUACCAGUAACCCAGUGUCCGGUAGGGUUGAGUGCUGAAGGCGUGCCUUUGGGAGUACAAAUUGUGGCCGGAAAACUACAGGAUGGCCUCUCUUUGGCCACUGCCCUCUACCUGGAGAAAGCUUUUGGUGGCUGGAGGGAACCAGGCAGGACAACAGCCAAAUCUUAACCCAUGUCAUGCAUCGUCAUAUGCAACAAUGGGACCAUGUAACCAACAAUACAGACCACACACACGGCAUGUGUAGCCAUCCAAAGCUUUGUCACAUUUGUUCUGCCUUAUAAACGCAGAAUGCAUUAUACAUUAACUGACAUAUUACAGAGGGCUGCAUUUGUGCUUAACCUAAUACUGUAUGAAAACUUAGUAAUAUUUGUUAUUUUUGGUGGGCUUUUCAUCCUAUUACAUUGAGUGGAUGCCAGAUUCAGGAAAAAAAUUGCAUAAGAAAGCGAUUUACUUGACAAAGCUAAUAACGUGAUAAUUAAUUAAGAAUUAAGUCAUUUAAUAACAAUACAUAUUUUCUUUCAUGCACUAAAACUAAAAUGUUUGAACAAACAUUAGGGCUGUUUACUUUUUUAAAGCAGGCUCUUUUUUUGUGACAAAUGUGUUUUACAAUUGCAAUGUUUUAAAUAAUCUUGCUAUAAGUAAGUUUCAGUGUUGUAGUGGCAAGAGGCAGUGUUGUAACACUGGCAAAAAAGACAAAACAGUCUUAUUACAUUUUAUUUAAUAAACAUAUUUAUGUAAAUAAUUACCUGGAGCAUUUAAAUGCAGGGCAUUGACACAUUUUCUUUGACUUUAUUAUUCUUAAUUUGAUAUGGUUCCUCUGUUGCUUAAAUUCCCCAGUUGCACGAUAAUUGAGAAAAAUAUGUUAAAUAUUUUGUAAUGUGCAGACUUAUUAAAUAAUGCACAACACAGGAAAAAACAUUAAAUAAAGGUCUAUUUUGCUGUGA